UGGGCUGGGCUGGGGCAGAGCGCUGGCCCAGCACGUGCGAGGCCCUGGGUUGGGUCCUCAGCACCACAUAAGAUAAAUGAAAUCAAGGUGUGGUGUCCACCUGCAGCUACAAACUUGAAACAAGACAAGGACACAACGAGGGACACCAAUUAAUUAAAAAGGGGAGGCUGGGCUCGGUGGUGAACACCUGGGUCAGUCUCUGACCAUACGUAAGUAGACCCAGACAUGGACAGUCCRUGGAAAUGGACACUGGAGCCACGUGGCUGCAAGCCAGGGACGCCUGGCACCCCAGAGCUAAGGAUCCUGCUUGGAGCCUCGGGAGGGACGCCCUGAGCCCAGCUGGACCUCCAAAGCUGGCCUCCAGGAUGAGGAAAGGGUCAAUGCCCCUUUUGGUCAUCGUGGCCAAAGAAGACUCCAACGCAACAGCCCCCRACAGGUCUACGCGCCCAAAGGAAACAAGCCCUCAGUCCACCAAAGGACAUUUCUAGAACAUUCCUGGUAGCUGUGGUCACAGUGGCCAAAAGUGAGGCGUGACUCGGGUGACCCUCAGAGUGGAUGAAUGGACAGGCUGAACUAGAGCAGGGACAUGAAAAGCCCAGGGCAGCUGGCCGUCUCCUCACUGUGUCAAGUGCCAGGGGUGCCGGUGGGAACCACAGAGGACAGGGAACGUGGGUCUGCAGGGACGGAGGGAGAGGUGAGACCUGGGGGCUGGUCCCAUGGGGGUGGCCGGUGGCACCCCGUGUUGAAUUAGACAGUGAAGCUCACCACUUCCACCUAGAGGGAUGGCCACCUCCUCACCACCUGUGUGCCUGCCCAGGUGGGCACACCUGGCCGCCCUCUGAGGGGCAGAGCUAGGGCCCUUUUGAGGCCUAGGCUGAGGGGUGCCAAGGGGCUCAGCCCAUCCUCCCAAGUGGUGCCACACCUCAUCUGGAAACCCCCCAGCCACAGAUGAGGACACCUGUGCUCCUGUCCCCAGUGCCCACGUGGACGAGGCUCAACUCACGACGGCCCUGAGCCCUCCGUCCUGGUGAACCUCCCCAGAGAAGCCUAGAGUCCACUCCAGGGCACCGGUCCAGCCACAGGGCUCCUUGCUGCUGGCCGCAUGCCAGGCUGGUCCUGCUGCAGGGCCUGGGACGCUCUGCAGUGUCCACAGGUCUCCCGUCCACUCCGGGGCUGCCGUGGGCCUUUCUGGCUGAGCGCCCACCUAACCGCCUCACACAGCCGCUGCCCCACCCUUCCCUGCUGUCUUCUCCCCGUGACGCGCUUGUCACCUUGGUCCCCUGGCCAAAUUCGCAGGAGCAGGAACAUUUCUUUGGGUCUUUGCUGGCCCCUGGGCUCCUGGGACAGGGCCGAGAUCAGAAGGUGCUCAGGUGUGUUGAGGAGAUGGAUGAAUGCCCAGCCACCAUCCCCACCGAGCCCCCACCGAAUGCGCAGACAGAGGACGUGCGGCUGUGGGUUGGCAGCUCAGAGUCGCCCUGUUCUCUGGAAAACUGUCCUGGUGUGUGGGGCCGMCAGAGCCCUAGCUGGUCACAUGGUAAGGACUGCAGGAGUCCACUGCUGCGCUGGACAGACAGCAGGGUCCCCGGGACACAUGGCCCACCGAGCACUGCAGUCACAGCCUGGAGCACGGUGCAGUGGUUUGAGCAGCAGACGCUGCGGCGGCGUUUCAAGCGCUCCUUUGCGGAGCCCUCGGACCCCUGGUUCUCCAAGCAGUGGUACAUGAAUACCCAGGUGCAGCCGGACCUGAACAUCCUGCAGGUCUGGAGCCAGGGCCUGACAGGGCAGGGGGUGGUGGUCUCCAUCCUGGACGAUGGCAUCGAGAAGGACCACCCGGAUCUCUGGGCCAAUUAUGACCCCCUGGCCAGCUACGACUUCAACGACUAUGACCCGGAUCCCCAGCCUCGCUACACGCCCAGUGAUGAGAACCGGCAUGGGACGCGCUGUGCCGGGGAGGUGGCUGCCAUAGCCAACAACCACUUCUGCGGGGCGGGUGUCGCCUUCAACGCCCGGAUUGGAGGCGUGCGCAUGCUGGACGGCACCAUCACGGACGUCGUGGAGGCCCAGUCGCUGAGCCUGCAGCCUCAGCACAUCCACAUCUACAGCGCCAGCUGGGGCCCCGAGGACGACGGCCGCACGGUGGACGGCCCGGGCAUCCUCACUCGGGAGGCCUUCCGGCUGGGGGUGACCAAGGGCCGCGGCGGGUUGGGCACACUCUUCGUCUGGGCCUCAGGCAAUGGUGGCCUGCACUAUGACAACUGCAACUGCGAUGGCUACACCAACAGCAUCCACACGCUGUCCGUGGGCAGCACCACCAAGCAGGGCCGCGUGCCCUGGUACAGCGAGGCCUGCGCCUCCACGCUCACCACCACCUACAGCAGCGGGGUGGUCACCGACCCGCAGAUCGUCACCACGGAUCUGCACCACCAGUGCACAGACAAGCACACCGGCACCUCCGCCUCGGCCCCGCUGGCCGCAGGCAUGAUCGCCCUGGCUCUGGAGGCCAACCCGUUUCUGAGCUGGAGGGACAUGCAGCACCUGGUGGUCCGCGCGUCCAGGCCGGCGCAGCUGCAGGCCGAAGACUGGAGGGUCAAUGGCGUGGGGCGCCGAGUGAGCCACCACUACGGCUACGGGCUGCUGGACGCUGGGCUACUGGUGGACAUGGCUCGCACCUGGCUGCCCACACAGCCCCAGAAGAAAUGUGCCAUCCUGGUUGUGCAUGUCCCCACCCCCAUCCUGCCCCGGAUGCACGUGAAGAAGGAGGUGUCCGCCUGUGCCGGCCGCCACAACUACAUCCGCUCCCUGGAGCACGUGCAGGUGCAGCUGUCCUUGUCCUACAGCCGCCGUGGGGACCUGGAGAUCUCUCUCACCAGCCCCAUGGGCACCCGCUCCACGCUGGUGGCCAUCAGGCCCCUGGAUGUCAGUGGCCAAGGCUACAACAACUGGAUCUUCAUGUCCACCCACUUCUGGGACGAGGACCCGCAGGGCCUGUGGAUCCUGGGCCUGGAGAACAAGGGCUACUAUUUCAACACCGGGACGCUGUACCGCUACACGCUGCUGCUCUACGGGACAGCUGAGGACAUGAUGGAGCGGCCCUCAGACCCCCAGGUGACCAGCAGCGCGUGUGUGCAGCGGGACACAGAGGGGCUGUGCCAGGAAUGUGACGGCCCUGCCUACAUCCUGGGCCACCUCUGCCUCUCCUACUGCCCGCCCAGGUACUUCAGCAGCACCCAGCCGGCAGUGACCGCAGGGCCUGGGCGCGCCGCUGCGCCUGCCCUCCGCGUGUGCUCCGGCUGCCACGCCUCGUGCUACACCUGCCGGGGCAGCUCUGCGCAUGACUGCACCGCCUGCCCCCCGCCCCACACUCUGGAUGAGCACCAGGGCUCCUGCUCAGCGCCGCCAUCCCCAGCGGCCACCAGCAGCCCUUGGACACCGCCUGCUCCAGCUGUUGCUGCCGCUGCCAGGCCCAAGCCCUGGUAUUGGUCCUGUUGACUGUGGCCUGUGAGCAGAAGUCUCCUCCUCUGCAGCGUCCAAGAGCUGCCCACUGUGGGCUGGGCUCCCGGUGCUGGGGGCCUUGCCCACCACCACCCCAGCUCCAGCUGCUGCUGGAACCUGGGGAUGUCCGUCUUGGAGCACGGAAAGCCACCUCCGCCUGGGCCCAAGUGGGCACUACUGCCCUGCCUCAGAAAGCCUUGGCUGGCCACCCACAGUCACUGGCCAGGGUGUGGGCUGCAUGGAGCCCUGUGGCCUGGACCCAGCAGCUCCGAGUGAGAAAGAGAGAGAGAAGUCUUGGUGCAGGGGUGGGGUGGGAUGAGGUGGGAUGAGCAGAAGUCAGACCACAGCCACGGGUCCAUCCCUGUUGGGUCCAAGCAGCCCCGAGCACCACGUUCGACCUCAGAGUUCGCAAA